AUGAGCGUGGCUGCACCCGCCGCCGCCAAGCCGGCCGUGACGGCCAACACCGUGACGCGUGACCUGGAGUUGGGUGACUUCAACAAGGGCUACCUGAACCUCCUUUCCCAGCUGACCAAGGUGGGGGACUACGACGAGGGCACCUUCACAGGCAAGGCUUGGGUAGAGGAGCAACCAGGCGCGUUUCAGGGGCAGUGUGCUCGACUGCGGCCACGUCCGCUUUCUGCCAUGCUUCUUGCAGCGCGCUUUGAGGAGCUUAGCAAGAUGAAGGACACCUACAGGGUGGUCGUCAUCGAAGACCUGGACAAGCAGCAGAUCAUUGCAACUGCCACUCUGGUUGUGGAGCUGAAGUUCAUCCGCGGUUGCGGCAAGUGCGGCCACAUUGAGGACGUGGUGGUGGAUUCCACCUACCGCGGCCUGCGCCUGGGCCUGCGUGAGCUUGGGUGCUACAAAGUGAUCCUGGACUGCAGCGAGGACAACGCGCCAUUCUACGAGAAGUGCGGCCUCAUUAAGAAGGAGGUGCAGAUGGUCAAGUAUUUGUGAGCCCAAACGAACCCCUGGUUGGCCUGCGAUGCCACAUCAAGCCGCUCACUGUUUCAGCAGAGUGGCUUGGGUUUGGGCAAGGUCCCCAUCAUUCAACUGUAUGAGCCGACCGUGUGACGUAAAUAUGGACGCGACUGACAUCACUACACCCAUGUGCUUUGUUCUGUUCUGUUUUCCUUGCUGCCUCCUCGGUAUUUUUGCUAGUGCCCCUUUGUCAUUGGGACCCUUGCCCAGAUGACGCAUAAACCUGCGGCGAUGCCAAUGCUUCUGCGCAGCAGGAAGUGAUCAUUUUGGCCUUUCAAGCUGCAGCAACAACAACGUUACUUGCAGCGUGAAAAGUAACCUGGAAUCAGUG